AUCACAUCUCAGAUAUAAUAUUGUUAUUGUUGUUUGGGCAGUGGGCUGACCAACUCUAACUAUAAGGAGAUGAACGAAUUGUAUGCAAAGUACAAGGAUCAAGGAGUAGAAAUCCUAGCCUUCCCAUGCAAUCAGUUUGGUGGGCAGGAACCAGGUAAUAACGAGCAGAUUAUUGAAGUGGCAUGUACUCGCUUUAAAGCAGAGUUUCCCAUUUUUGACGAGGUUGAGGUCAAUUGUGGUAAUGCAGCUCCCAUCUACAAGUUUUUGAAAUCAAGCAAAGGUGGAUUUUUUGGUGACAGUAUAAAAUGGAACUUCACUAAGUUUUUGGUGGACAAAGAUGGAAAUGUAGUUGAUAGAUAUGCACCCACCACAUCUCCGUUGCAGAUUGAGAAAGAUAUCAAGAACUGUUGGGUGUUGCCUAAUGCUCUGAUAAACUAUCUGAUAAACUACCUGUUGUAG